GUUCUUGACGUCAUCGUGACGCGCAAUGCCUGAAAUACGUGCUAACCCAUUUGCAGAAGGGACAAUUCACGUCUAGUGAACUCAAUCUGAUUAUUACAGUGUAAAAUUACGUUCAACAUACAGUUGCCAAACCAAGGAGUAUUUUUAUCAAAUGCGAAACUAUUAAGUCUGAUUCAAAAGCAAUGGCAAUAAAAUGAGUCUCGUCUUCUCUUUCAAUGUUUACAUUCCAAUGCGUACUUUGAGCUUAAUUUGCUCCUUGAAAAAAAUUCAUGUACCGUAAAGCACACCCUGGUCUUUAUAAAAAGGAAACAUUAAUGUUUGCAGACGUGGAAAUAUCGGAUAUGCUCUGGUGAGCGAGGACUACAGCUUCAAAACCUGGAACAAAAACGACAAAGGUCUAUUGUUACGGUUUUAGAGGAAAACACCCCUUUGGUGUAAGUAUCGGCACUUAAGGACAGGGCCAUUUGCAAAGCGAAGUUGAGAUAAACAACGAAGCUUUUACGCCACUUUAUCCGCCAUUUUCUUCGUGAAUUUCUUAUUCUCUAUCUCGGAGGAGACUCAAAUCUCAAGAUGCGUCAGACCCUCAUCAUCCUUCUCGUCCUCGCAGUCGUCGGGGCUGCCUUGGUCGAUGCCGGCAAGGCUGAUUUUGAACGUCGUCGCAUGGAACAAUCCAAGAAGAUUCGGGGUGGAAUGGAGCGAGGGAAAUCCAUCGGCGGAGGUUAUCUUGGGGGCCGAAUGGACAUCCAGAGGGUCCAGGAAGAGGCCGGAAGAGGGGGUCGUGCUGGAAUAAAGAACCUUCGAGGGAAGGUCAACAAACUGCAGAGCCCUAAUAGCGCUAAAGAGAUGUUCAAGCUUCGGACCAAGAAGGCUGCUGGGAAAGUCAAGUUGUCUAUGCUGCCGCCAAACGGCAAGAGUCCCAAAUAAAUUUCCGUAAUGACCGAGAGAUGAAUCCAACAUGAAGAGAGCAUUUUAGAAGCGACAAUUAACCUGUCUAUGAGUUUAAAUUGGUUUAAAUUUUUGUCAUUGAGAAGGUGUAUUAAAAAAUAAACAAACUAAACAAACAUUCUUACUUGUCGCGUAUUAGGGAGGACUGAGUAAAAGUUGCAUUUCUUGAUAUUAUUGUAUAUUUUGUUCUCGGAUUUUCCGACUUAAAGUUCAAGUUUAAAUGUGAAUGUAGGCACUAGGCACUGAUUAUGUACAGAGCAGAAAUUGGAAUCAACUUUAGAAAAUCUUAACUCGAUGUUAUUAAGAGCAGUACUAUAGUUAUUCGUAAUUAUACAUUUUCAAUCAUACUUCAAUACAUUUUCCUUCAUUUUAACACGGAUCUGAAUUAUCAUUCUUAAUUCAAUUUUUAGUGAAAGUUAAAGGGGUGGAAGGCGCAAAGGGGAGGGAAUCCAUUUAGUUUUAGUAAUUAAGUUACCACAAGUAUGUUAGUAUCUUUGCUUCGUUGCAGAGAAGGGACGGAUGCCGUGGGGUGGGGGCUCAAAAUGUUACCAUAAGUUUUGUCCAUGUUUUGUGCGAAUAUUUAAAUUCAACUCUCAUAGUUUAAUUGUUUGUUUUUAUGAACAUUUUAUUUUGGAGAAUAUAUUUUUUAUUGGAAUGUGAAUAUAAAUCACGAAUCACAAAUAAAUCAAAUCUUGAUCAUCUUUGAA